AUGAUCAGAGCAGUGGCGUCCGGGAGAAAGAAAUUGGAUAUCGCGAAGGACUACGCCGUGUUCCCAAGCACGCUGUCUACCAUACUCAAGACCAAGGAGAACAUCUUGAAGGCAGCUGAUCAAGGAGCAUUUGCGCAGCGCAAAAGACUGAAGACAUCGCCGUACGAAGAGGUUGAGAAGGCGGUUUUCACGUGGUUCGCCGACACAAGAGCUAAGGGCAUCCCUGUGAGUGGUGCAGUUUUGCAGCAGAAGGCAAAGGAUUUUGCGUGCAUCCUCGGCUGUGAUGACUUCAAAGCCAGCAGCGGAGUGGAGGCGAACACGUGGGUCUCGAGCCACGUGCCUGACAUUCUCGCCAAGUACAAGCCAGACGAUGUCUGCAACGCGGAUGAGUUCGGACUCUUCUUCCAGAUGCUCCCAAACAGAACGCUUUACGUGAAGGGUAGCCGCUGCCAUGGCGGAAAACAAAGCAAACAGCGCCUGACUGUGAUGUUGUGUGUGAACAUGGACGGCAGCGACAAGCGCCCGCCGCUUGUCAUUGGAAAAAGCAUGAGGCCACGCUGCUUCAAAGGACAUCCAAGGCUUCCUGUUAAGUAUGUCGCCAACAGCAAGGCCUGGAUAACCAGGAGCAUUUUUGGAGAGUGGCUGAAGUGCUUUGACGACGAUAUGCGAAGGAAGAAACGGACUGUUUGUCUCCUCCUGGACAACUGCACGGCCAACCAUGUUGUGGGCAUAAAAGUGACAAACAUCGAGCUCGUAUACUUUCCAGCAAACUCAACAUCUGUGCUACAGCCUCUGGAUCAGGUGAUAAUACACAGUGUAAAGUGCGGGUACCGUAUUUGCAUCAGCUGGAAGUCAACGGAAUCCCGUACACUGUCCUACGAGAUAGCGGGGCGAGUCUAG